AGGCAGACCAGCGCGGCCGCCGUGCCAGCGCCGCGAGCCGUGACUAGGCGGACGGCGGCCACAGCGGCGCGGCUGCGUCACCGCCGGACGAGCCGCCGUGCACUCGCCUCUGCCGACGGCGGGCUACCCGCGACGAGCCGGCCCGGCCCGACGCGGCGGCAGUCAUCUCGCAGAUAUGUUGGGGUGCGGGUACUGGAGGUGUGCGGCGCUCGCCGUGCUGGGACUGGGGGUGGCCGGAGCCGUGAACGGGCCGGAGGUGCGCCUACAGCUGGGACAUGUGACCAGUGACGAGGCCAGGCUGCUGGUGGUGAAAACUAACUCCAGUGCCAGUCAGUGGGAGGACAGUUCGCACUAUGAACAGCAGAAUGUGACCCUGGACCCCAGCAUCAGCUCAGAGCAGAAGGCGCUGUUGUUUACAGACCUACACACCGGCUCCGAAUACAGGGCCUGCGGCAGCGCCAGAGACCCCCAACAGGAGCCCGUUGGAGACGGAAAGUGUUUCUCGUUCACUACAUUCAAGGAGCGCUCCAUGACCACAGCCGUGGUGAGCGGCGUGGUGGCGGCCGCGGUGGUCGUCGCCAUUGCCGGCCUUUUCCACCUACUCGUCAAGGCCGUCCUUCGACGGAAGAACUCGAAAACACUCAUCGUCACGAGCAAGGACGAACGGGAGAAUGGCGUCACAAACGGCGGUGCUCAGCUCACGCCGUGACGGCCCCAUGGAGCCGCCGUCACGCGACUGAACGGGCCCCAUGGAGCUACCGUCACGCGACUGGACGGCCCCUCGAAGACGCAUUGGGACGACGAUGGCUAGCAGCCACUGUCACGGAAUGGACAAGGGAUCGAAGCAGCUGUCACUGUGACUGGACACCAUAUCAAUGGGUUUUGAAUUUUGAUCAAUCUGACCUAAUGAGCACCAUUGACCACCUCAAAGUGCCGGGGAUCCAAACACAUCGGCGCUGAAGAAGGCCAGUGGCAUCUUUCUGAGCAGCCAGUAACACAACGGCCGGUUCAAUUUAUACAUAUGUCCACCGUGUGGAUUAUCGGAACGUGCCUUCAGCGUUGGAACGUCAUACCGUCCUUAGUAAACCGGCUUGCUAUGGGAAUUGGUUGCAUAUUCCAUCAACAUGCUAUGCAUUUCUUGUUUACAUCAUCCACGUUAAACGUUUCGGGUCUGAUUAUGCGCUUGUAGCCGUAUUUACAGAGAAAUUCGGGUGGAAGAUCUGGACCCAGUGUUCGAAAUAAGUUUAAAGGAAGCUUCAAGUUCGUAUCCCGCGUAGGGCACACAAAGCAAAGGUGACGUUUAACCCAAUUAACGUUUUUUAAAGUUAAGUCCUGUCACAAUAAUAGUAGAACGGGAAGAGGCCUAUGUCGGCACAAGUGAAAUGCACUCAUAGAAUUCAAAGUGUAACUCAACGCAUAAUCACAACUGAUCGUUAGCUGGUGGAAGUUAAGAGAGACGCGGUAAAUAAUAAAUGUACCUGAACAAUGUCUAUCA